AUGCCUGAGAUCUCCCCCCUGGUUCUUUCUUACUCUCACCUGAAAGACCUCCCACGCGCCAAAGAUGCGCUGCAUACCCUGAAAAAGAUUGCCUCACUGGUGAAGCCUCUCAUGAGGGCUCGGGGCUGGAAGGUCAAUCAGCUGGCGGAAUUCUAUCCCAGCCAGCAAAACCUGCUUGGCUUGAACGAGAACCGUGGCCAAAAGAUCUGCCUCCGACUCCGCUAUCCCGGUGACCAAAACCAGUUCCUACCAAUCGAGCAUGUGGUUGACACCAUGCUACACGAACUAUCACACAACGUCCACGGCCCCCACAACGCUGAAUUCCACGCCUUGUGGGACCAACUCCGUGACGAGCAUGAGGCGCUGACCAUGAAAGGAUAUACUGGCGAAGGCUUCUUGUCAGACGGUCGUGUCCUCGGAGGUAGAGGCUUGGUGCCCAUGCAUGAGGCUCGCCGCCUCGCACGGCAAGCUGCAGAGAAGCGCCGCACUCUAGCAACCGGAUCUAGUCAACGCCUAGGUGGCCAGGCGCCUCGACCAGGACAGGACAUUCGAAGAAUCAUCGCCAAUGCUGCGGAAAGACGCAAUCGCACCAUGCGAGGCUGUGCUAAUGUCACACACAACGCAGAAGAGAUCAAAGUCAUCGCAGACACAGCAACGCGGAACGGAUUCAGUACCCAGGCGGAGGAAGACGCGGCAAACGAGGCCGCCAUCGCGCAAGCAUUAUGGGAACUUGUACAAGAAGAUGACAAAGCCCGAAAGGGCGACUUGUAUCAGCCAGUGACUAUAGCCAAUCCUGCUGGAAGCCAAGCUAACACUGACUUGCGCGGCGACGCGCUUCUGGGCACCAAUGCAAAAUUGAGAGCAGCGGCGCCUAAGCGACCCACCAGUAGAUCGAUGCAAUCUCUUCAAGGCCAGACCAAAAUAGGUGACCAAAUGGCCGAGACAAUCGAGGACGAUAGCUAUUUGGCCGAUGGCGAUUCCACGCCUUCAUCUUGGGCCUGUCAAGUAUGCACUCUGCAAAACCCGCUAGACUUCCUGUGCUGCGACGCAUGCGGCAGCGAGAGGGCACCGAGAGUCACUGAGGCGGCGACGUACCAAAGACCAGCAAAGCGGCAGCAGCCUGCCAUCGUUGAUCUGACAAAGUCAGACCCUACCGCAAGCAGCCACAAGACCACAUCGUCGGCGGGUAUAUCGAAACCAAAUGCGUCCGGCAUGUCCCAAAAUAGCAACCCGAUGGUGGGGUCUAAGACAAGCACAAAAACCUGGACUUGCUCGUUUUGCGGUCGCGUGCGAGAAUGGACUUAUUGGAGCUGCGAUCUAUGUGGGAAAAUCAAGGAGAGCUCAUAA